AUGACAACCCCCUCACCAGAUGACCUCCUCUCCCAGCUCCUCGCCCAACCCUCCAUAGCCUCCGCCCGUACCCUCUCCAAAACAUCCCCACCCCUAUCCCAAGCCUUCAAGGACAACCUGCUAACCAUCCUCAAGCACCACAUCGCCCCCUCCGCCUGGCACAUCGCCCUAUCCUGCGUCGACCGCCGGCUCCUCUCCAAAAAGCACCGCGCCGCCUUUGACGCCGACUUCGCAGCCGACGCCGUCGCGGACCCCCGCAACGCAGCCCACUGGGACCUCCACGACCUCUGCGCCCUGGUGUCCAUCAUAGAUGGGCUUUUCUUCCACAUCGGCGACGUCGGCCACGGGGAGAACCCGGGGGUGUACUACGAUAGUAUCGCCGACUGGGAGGACAGCUGGCGCGACGGGCGCUCGUUCCGGUGGAGGGGUCAGCCUGAGCGGCAUCCCCUGGGUGAGAGGAGGAAUUUAGAGAGAGACCAGGGUGGGGAGGAUCCCGAGAACUUCAGGUGGGCGUUCCAACGCCUGGCAGGGCUGAGAGAGGGCCCGUUGCUUUUUGAAGGUGUGGAUGUGGAUUUCGACGAGGACGGGGAGGCGCUCGACACCCGCCCGCGCCUCCAGCGCGCCUUCUUCCGACUUGAGUUCCUGCGGAGGGCGUACUACGCCCGUCCGCUCUUCCCCAAGGGGGCGCGCUGGCAGACGCGCGAGGCGACGUUUGUGAACGGCGAGCCGACGGGCGUCGCCGGCGAGACGUACGCAACGCGGCUGGCGCGCGCGGAGGUGGUGUUCCGCGGCUGGACGAAGGACGACUUCACGGAGGUGAUUUGCGCGUUCAAGGCGACGCUGAAUCACUACGCCGUCGAGGUGGACGCGAUGCUGCGCGACUUCGGGGAUGCGCUGGAGAGGGAGCACAUACCCUGCGCGGACGUGUACUGGACGACCAAGGUGAACAACGCGUGGAAGAAAGGGAUCGAGGAGGACGCGGCGGCGGUGGGGUUGCAGUAUGAGCGUAACGUCUUCUGGGACGACGAGGAGCGGGAGAAGGUGCUGUUCGAGGAGGAGGUGGACGACGAGUUUUACGAGAUGAGGCAGCGGUUGUGGGAUGAGCGGUUGAUGCAGGAGGACCAUGAGAGGAGGAUGCUGCUGCCGUUGUCGCGCGCCGAGUUUGAUGAUAUGGGGUGCACGAUUUUCAGGUCGUCGAUCGUGCAGAGGGCGUGGUACCCCUACGGUGUCCGAUAUGAAGACAAGCCUAUUCUUCCGGAGGCGGCGCCGGAUGAGGAGAUGGCGCGGUAUUUUCAUGUGCUGUGCAGCCUGCCGCUCAAGUUCCUGGAUCGGUUCAUCAGGAUGGAGAGGGAGGAGAAGCGGCGGUUUCUGAAGACGAUGUACCACGCCAUCUCGCGGAUGAAGGCGUCGCACACGCCGCUGUUCCUUUCGGGAGAGGUGCGCGCGUGGUCGAGCAAGCCGGCGGACGCAUCAGGCGCGCGGCAUUGGGACUAUACGAGGGAGCCGCGGCUGUUCCCGGAGCUGGCGGUGCGCUGCGUCACGCUGUCGUGCCUGUCUAAGACGUAUGUAGUGUCCUGCGACCCCUGGUACCACGGGUGGCGGCUCUGGCAGGAUACAAACCUGCAGAACCAGAACCGCUGGAAGUGGGACAAGUGGGCGCUGACGCCGUUCGCUUGGAAGCGGUUCCGGGAGCGGGAGUUGCGGUACGAUUUCUUCGACAUCAACCCGGUCCUGCGCACGAAAGGCGAGAGCUGGGAGGUUUUGUGGCGGUCGCCGAGGCGGUACCUGCGGCUGAUCUGGACGGGGCCGGAGGCGGAUAGGCCGCGGUGGGAGGGGUAUCUGCAUCCCGGGCGGCUUGAUCCGAACGAGUGCUACUGCCAUGUCGGGGAAGGGUGUGCGAUGUGCACGCCGUUGCCGUUGCCCAAGGAUCUGCAGCUCGAGUGGGAGUUGUUCACGCCUGAAGAGAUGGAGGCGGAGCUGGAGUUUGAGAGGAAACUGCGUGAGCCUGCCGAGAUGUAUGAUGAGCUUCUCAAGAAGUAUGAGCUGGAAGACUGGAAUGCUUGA